UCGGACACGGCCGAGGAUCUCGGCUCGGGGGUGCAGGACGGGGUCCGGGGCAGCCCUGCCGCCGGGGGCGGAGGCACGGCCGGGCCCCCCGCCCGCUACCGCCGCGGGGGAGAGCUGCGCCAGCACGGCUGGGCGGUCGCGGCGCCGGCCCUCCCCACCCUCGCAUUCAACUGGUGGGACCCCUAUCCUCCGCCCUCGGUAGCGGCGCGGCGCGCAGGAGGCGGCGGGACGAAGCAGGCAGCGGGCGGGGGGGCAGCGGCGGGCGGCCCGGCCCGGCCCGGCUCGGCCCGGCGGGGCGGGCGGCGCUGGCGGAGGAUGCGGGCGGCGGCCCGGCGGCGCGGGCGGCUGCAGGCGGGCAGGCAGCGGCGCGGCGCCUGAGCGCAGGGCUCCGCUCCGCUCCCGAGGAUGCUGGGGGGCGAUGCCCGGCGACAGGGAGGACGAGAUUUGCCAGAAAGCGCUGCAGCUGCUGGCCGAGCUGUGCUCCGUCGGGGCGGUGGAGAACGAGAACUGCCGGGAUUUCAUCUACUACCUGCGGGACAGAGCCCGGCCCCGCCUCAGCGACUCAGAUAUCUCAAUAAGCUUGCUAUCCCUAGUUGUCACAGCCUGUGGUCUUGCUCUGUUUGGUGUGUCUCUGUUCGUGUCCUGGAAGCUUUGUUGGAUCCCUUGGCGAGAGCGUGGUCUGCCGUUUGGGAACAAAGACAACAAACAAGAAUCACUGAACUACACAGAUACAGAGACCAAUGACCGUGACUACAGUGAGGAUUAUCUGGGUGAGCCUGCGGCCUAUCCGGAGUCCUCCAUGAAGAUCAGCCACACCUCCCCUGAUAUUCCAUUAGAUGCUCAGGCGGGAACGAAGGAGAACUGCGUACACAAUGUGCGAAUGCAUCGUCAGAUCACUGAACCAACCUCUUCUGCUCGGCAUAAUUCAAUCCGAAGACAGCUCAACCUCUCCAACCCUGACUUCAACAUCCAGCAGGUUCAGAAACAGGAGCAAUUGACGGGGAUUGGCCGCAUUAAGCCAGAGCUUUAUAAGCAAAGAUCAGUGGACACAGAUGAUGGCCGAAGAAGUAAUAGCAAGGCAUGUGGAAAACUGAACUUUAUUCUGAAAUAUGAUUGUGAUUUAGAGCAGCUGAUAGUGAAGAUACACAAGGCCAUCAACCUGCCAGCAAAAGACUUCUCUGGAACUUCAGAUCCAUACGUGAAGAUAUAUCUGCUUCCUGAUAGGAAAACAAAACAUCAGACUAAAGUGCACAGAAAGACCCUAAAUCCAGUAUUUGAUGAAGUUUUUUUAUUUACUGUCCCAUACAAUGAUCUGAACACAAGGAAACUCCAUUUCUCUGUGUAUGACUUUGACAGAUUCUCCAGGCAUGACUUGAUUGGCCAAGUGAUAGUGGAUAAUUUUUUAGAUUUGGCAGAUUUUCCCAGGGAAUGUAAUAUUUGGAAGGAUAUUGAAUAUGUCACCAAUGAUAAUGUGGAUCUUGGUGACCUGAUGUUUUCACUCUGCUACCUUCCAACAGCUGGUAGACUAACUAUUACAAUAAUAAAGGCAAGAAAUUUAAAGGCAAUGGAUAUCACAGGAGCAUCAGAUCCCUACGUGAAGGUUUCUUUAAUGUGUGAAGGAAGGCGACUAAAGAAACGAAAAACUUCCACCAAGAGGAAUACCCUUAAUCCCGUUUACAAUGAAGCCAUAGUCUUUGACGUCCCUCCAGAAAAUAUUGACCAAAUUAACUUGUCGAUAGCUGUUAUGGAUUAUGACCGUGUAGGUCACAAUGAGGUCAUCGGAGUAUGUCAAGUAGGCAACGAUGCAGAAAGUCUGGGUCGCGACCACUGGAAUGAAAUGCUCUCAUACCCUCGGAAACCCAUUGCUCACUGGCAUCCUCUUGUGGAGGGCCCUAUUGAGCAGAAAUGUUAUGCAGGUCUUCUGCGCUUGGAUGGCUGCCGAAGAGGCUUCCUCACCCUUUUAACCUAUUCAGCAGAAAUUUGGCAUUCCUGUUGAACUCUUUCUUAGCCAUAUCCUCAGGGGCUAUUCCACAGAGUCCAGUGGGGAAUCAAGUGGGGGAGGGUGUCCAGCGCAUCCAGGCUGUGCAGAGAAAUAUAUACACAGCAUAUCAUUUUGGUUCCUGAAUCAGGAUUAGACUCAGCGAGAGCUUCUGGAACCUCUGUGGCCACAGCCAUAGGACCCUGAAUAUUUGCUGAAUAGGACCCUCAGUCUUCUACUGUGUGAAGAGCUAUUUGUCUCAAGUAGCGUAAUGUUAUCCACUUGUAGCAUUAAUUCUCCAGCUGACACUAUUGCUACUGAUAGAUUAUUUGUAUGGUCGUAAGCAUUACCCAAAUUCGAGUCAUAAUUUCUGUUCACUAGAAUAACCCAGGUUUUACAAGCAACAUGAUAGCAAUGAAAACCAAAUAUGGGAAGUAGCAACAAAUAUGGUUCUUGUAUUUACAAAAAGGUGUAGUAUUGUGAAUUGAUAGCUUUCUAAAUAGUUUUUUUUCAUGAAUGAUUGUCAUCAGACAUUUAUUUUUUGAUGACAAGUUGCAUCCUCAGUCUCAGUGGGUGCCUCUUUUCACCUUAUAUGUAAACAAAUUAAUAUGGUUCUUUGUAGGAAUCCUUCAAAUCUGAAAAAAAGUUCUGUUGGGUGAGAACAAGAUACAUAUGGUAUUUGUAAUGACAGUGUGUUCUUUUAGAAAGAAGAUAACCAUCUGUAUAUUAUGGAGGCUGCUAGUCCUUAACCUUUGUAGAUGAUUUUCCAGUUGAUGUUUCUUAGUUGUGUCCAUGAGACUGCAAAAAGUUAGCAGCAUAUCACAGGCGGCUAUAUUCUAUCAUAUACACAAGCACACACAACUCAUGUCAUUUUGAAAUGCUGCUCCAAAUAUAUAGUGCCUGUGAAGUCUUGAUUAUUUGUAGUAAAAUUAACAGGGCUAUCUUACGUUAUGGUAUAUCAUAAAUGCUGACAAAUUCUGACUAUUAAAAAAAAAUAAGCACAGAACUCUUUCACAUGAUUAAAUCUAUGCCCCAGACCAACAGCUCCUGUGAACAAUUUUUGCCACUUAUUUAGCCAUGAAUGGAGUUUUCUCUUCCUUCAAACUUUUCUAGGAGAAUUUGAUUCAAGCUUUUACAUGGGGAAUUUUAUUUUAAAAAUGCAAAUGCAAAGUAUGGCUGUUUUAUACAAUCUAGUUGCCUGCUACAUACUUACAGAUAGGGAGCCCUUGUCUUCAUAUGUAUUUCAGAUAAGUUUAUGUGCACAAGCUUUGCUUCAUAUGUUGUAUUUGUUGAAAGUGCACCCAGCAUUUUGGGUUUACAAUUUUCCUGGCACUAAUGUGCAUGCACAGAUUGAAGAAAACAUUUGAAAUUUUGAUCCAAAGUCUGAAAAAUUAGCUUUAUAACCUAUCAACUGAGGAUCUUGCAAAAAAUAGUUUUCAAAAAUCUCAUCCCAUACUCUGGAGAAUACAGCUACCACAUACAAGGAUAUCCCUGGCCAACUGAACAACUCUUCAAAACCUGCCCAAGCAAUAUUUCAAAUGGGUAACUGAGCAUUUCCAGAAGAAUGAAAAAUACAGAUAUAAAGUUGCCCUGACAAAAGUAUUUUACUACAUUUUCUACCGAAGCUUUGUAUCGGCAAGGCAAUGACACAGUCUGAUGUUCAUAUCUGUUCAUGCAUGAUCCUCACUUCAGGCAAAAUCUUGCACUCUUCACUCAGGCCCAUCUCCCAGGAGUCAACAAGGGGAGAUGUGCCUGGGCAAAGGAGGAAAACCUGUUCCUCUGGAGGGGAGUUCUUUGAUUUCCUGGAGAAAUCGUUCUACAUGCAUCCCUGCCUGGAAUGCAGAGCAGGCAGCUGCAUGCCUUCCCACUGCAAUGCUGGCAAUGGUAACUUGUGUAAAAAUGAAAACACCAGUGCAGCAGGCUCGUUUUGUGCUCGUGGAAGAGUGCAGAAGCCUUUCUAAGACUUGUCUCUAGCACCUCAAAGGGGCAUCAGCUGAAAAGCGGUAUCAUUAUAAUUGCCAGUGUUUUUUAUUUUAUUACCGUACUCAGUUUAUUUAAUGCUCAAGGGUCUGGCAUCAAGAGAAUUAUUUUGAACACAGUGAGCAUUUAAAGUGGAAUCUAGCACACUUCAAAGGCUUAGGGAUGAGGAAGAAAACCUAAUUUUUAUUUAAUUCUCCUAAUUCUUGCUGGUUGAUGACUUGCAAACUGUUACUCAGGCUGUGGCAUUACUAUGUGCUUUUUACAAACAUCUGCCUUAUUGUAGCAGCGCAUAUAUGGAAUGAUAGCUAUUUUCUGUAUUUAGAUGCUUCAUUCUUCACCGUUGUACUCCACUUAACCAGUGCUAUGCCCUAGACCUGAGAUAUAUUCAUGUUAUGGUUCUGGUGAGCCAGUACACUGCUGCUGUUUUUGGACUGUACUGCAAUAGUAUAACAGCACAUUAGAAGGAACAGAGGAUCAACUGCUGCAAGAUCACCUGGAAACCCAGAGAAAACUAUGAUCCCAAUACUGUUCCAUUUUUCUUUUCUGAGCUAUGAUUCUGAGAGAUAAAUUAGUAGAAGGUUCACAAGAAUAAUUUCAAACCCACAACUCUCAUUUGAUUUCUUAUUUCUUGUUAAUGCAGAAUUACACCAUAUGACAAAUAUUGUAAUUCUAAAAUAGAAAAGAAAAUCCCUUAGAAAUGCAUCUCAUCAAGAUUUUAAUCCCACUUCACUCAGUAACAAUGUGCCAUUAAACUGUUACUUUUAAUUUUCCAUAACAGGCCACCAUUUCAGAUGUUUUAUCAAAAAGCAGUGAGUGUCAAUGGGAGGUUCCAGGCUACUGACACUGAAGCAGAGUAGAAUGGGCAGUUGUGUGAUACUCCCGUGCCAAAAUACAGCACAAUCCUUCAGCAGCUGAGUGCUGAAAUAUUUCUUUACCUGUUUCCACUGAAAUCACAAGACAUUAAAAGCGUUCUGUUGUCUUUUGUUUCAUUUUUCCCUGUAAAUAAUCCUGGCAGUGGACAAACACACAAGCAUCUCAAUCUGGGGAAGCAGGAACUACCAGAAGAGAAAGCAAACAUAUAGUAUAAAAGACCCAGUGCUCAAACCGUUCCCACCAGUCAGUGCAUACUUCAGCUUUCAAUGCCAACAGACCCAUGAAACAAAGCAGUACAUAUGGGAAGCAUGUUAUAUACAGGUCCAAUUUAACUACCAGUAGCUGAACUGCUGGGUCAAUCCAAACACAAAAUAAUUAUUUUAGUUCACCCUUCUUGGCUUGAGGGGGUUUUUGUUGUUUUAGUUCUUUUUCUUUGGUUGUUUGAUUUGGUUUCAUUUGUGUCAUUUUAAACACAAAGCCGGAUAUGUAGCUAUAUUAACAAAAACACCCAAAGUCGGAGGUACAAGAGAUAUAUUUACAUAUUUACAUGUUUAUCACCUGGCAACAUUAGAGCACUGAGGGGACCUACUUGCCAUUAAAGAAAAAAAAAGAAAGCUGCCAACUCUCUUUCAGUUUAAAAAUAAUAAAUAAUAAAUGGGAAGGGAGGAAGAGGACUGGAAAUUUGGUUGAAAAAUCUGUUUGACCCAGUUAGAAAUCUAUCUGAAAUUUCUUUCUUGUUAAUGCAUUUUGUUUGAACAGACAGAAGUGAAAAAAAAAAAAACAUAACUAGCUGAGUCAGCCUGACAUGUCAUCAAUUAAAUGAUUUCUUCACUUUAGAACAGUGUGUUGUCAAACGAUUACAUCUCAGUAUCAGUGAGAAAACAGUGUCUUUCUUAUCUACAAGGAAAAAAGCAUGUAGAGAAAGUAACCCACAAUACUGUAGAAUUUCAUAGAUGCCCUCUUGCUGGGAAAAAUGGCAGCAGGACAGACUUGGUAACAGCAUCACCUUGAAUCUUGCUGUAAUUAGUGCAAGGCCUUGCUUGCAACCAUCAUUCUGUUCCGAAGUGACAACCUCACAAUAUGUGAACCAGGCUGUGCAAGAUGGGAGUUAUCUCGUAAAAGCGCUUCACAUUUAGGGCUGAGGGGGUUUAAGAUCAGCAUUUACAGUUAAUUCCUAAUACAGUGUGUUGGGCAAGGAGCAGGAACUACAGGUAGAAGUUCUCCAGGGUUCUGCAGUUGUCUGAAAGGACCUCCAUCUCCUUGAAGGUCCGUAAAGCGCACUAAUCCAGAUGGCAGUGACGGACACUAUUCAGGAAAGGUACCACCAGGACAUACCUCACCUGCUGACCGAACACGGCACCCGUGGCACAGAGGGGAAGAUGACAUGAGAACCUGUAAGCAUCUGGGCUGUUCAUUUGUUUGUUUUGUCUGGGUUUUUUAGUUCCUUCCUUUGCUCAAAUGUAGACAUUGUAAAACUGGAAUGUUUUACUCAGUUGCAUGCUGGCCAGCUGUCAUUUUUAAUACCCAUUGCAAAGGUGCGUGAAGAGAGGUGUGUUGUUUUGGUAUACUUUUGUUUUUAAUAACACAUGAACAUUGUACUAUGCUUUAUUAUUUCUUGUUCAAUAAAUAGUCCUGGUAUCUCUAUGUUUCAUGUCAAAUUUUGGAGAGUAGAGCCAUACCUGUAUCGAGGCUCUCUCAAUUAGGUGGGCAUUUUGUUCAUUUAGUAGAAAUAAUGCAUGAUUACUUUCACAGUGAUGGUUUGAGGGACAAAAAAUUUCUUAAUUUUAUAAUAUGUAUUACAAUCUUCUAAACACAAGUAAAAAUGUACUGUGAUUUAUUUAUAUAAAUCUAGUCUGAACAAAUAAGUUUUGAUCUUAAUAAAAACUCUGUAAGAAAUUGUGCAAUUGUAA